AUGGCACCACUACGAAUUUUGAUUCUCGGCCACUCCUUCAUUCCCCGUCUACACGUUUUUCUUCGUCAAAAUUUUAAUGAGGUAAUUGCCAGAAAUUUGCAUAUCGAUGGGGAUCUUUCCAUCAAAUGGCAUGGCAUCGGGGGAAGAACUAUUUCUAAAGUGAUCCGACAUGAUUUAGGAAUAGUAGAGGAAUUUGCCCCAGAGAUUGUCGUUAUCCAGUUGGGUACCAAUGAUCCGUCUUCCCUUCCCGCUUUUGAAACUGGCUCAGCUCUCGAGGACUUAUCUCGUUUGCUACAUGAGUCAUAUGGUGUGCAUAGGGUCUGUGUUUGCCAGACUAUUUUUCGCAGUAAUGCUCCUUUAUUCAAUCGCCAGGUUAAGUUAUUAACAAAAUAUCUUAAAGUAGUUUUGGGGCCGAUUCCUUAUGUUCUUUGCUGGCGUCACAGGGGUUUUUGGAAUUGUAAAUCCCGUUUUUUAACACGCGAUGGUGUCCACCUUAAUCAUUUUGGGCAGUAUAAAUUUUUCCGUAGCUUGAAAGGGGCAGUGUUGCAAUGUUUGCGAUCUCUUCAGGCUAGCGGGUAAAGUUGCUUUAUUGGCUCGAUUUGAUCCAAUUUAAGUUUUUUCUAGUAAUCCACUUUGCAUUUCCUUAGUUAUCCAAUUUGAUCCAAUUUAAAUUCCUUUGGAUAAUGUGAUCCAAUUUGAGAAAGUGAGAAUGUCAUGCGAUGGAAUGGCUAUACUUUUCCGCGAGGCCGACUGUCAUACCAGGCCCACUGUUUCUUGCGGUCUCAACCGUGAUAGUGCGGCUUUGGUGCCAUUUACUUUGAUGCUGUAUGUGUUCAGCACCUCUGUCAAAGCAUUUGUUGUUGACAGUAGAUUUGUGUUCAAGUCGCGGUUGAAACAAACCGUGCAUAUUAUGGCCUUCGCGCUGUUGUUUUGUGCUAUCACUUUGCCUAUUCAGUGUACAACCUACUGAUCGCCCAUUCACGGGUGUGUCCAAUGCACUUGGCAUUCUGUGAUUUUGCACUUGUUUUAUUUUUGGCCGAUAUUGCAUUGUAUUCUACGUCUCACUUUAAAUUAUCUUGGUUUUUUAUAUAAUAACUCUAACCCUAGCCUUUAGAGGAUUACUUUUCGUGCAGGUGCUCCUCUCAACAGCUAUUUUAUUCCGUUCUUCAGACAACAAUGCUUGGCGGCUGAAGAAAAAACUGCCUUCGUUACUUUAAUGGUCCCACAUACUCCAUAGUUGUCUGUUUGUAUUUCUCAUAUUUCACUACCAAUUUUAUUCUGUAUAAGAGAUGCCUCCUAGCAAGCGUUCCUCCACUAAGACUUCGGCAGGUAUCGUUCCUAGAGCAAAAAGGGGUCGCUCCUCCGCGGCGACGUCGGUGGCCAUUUUCGACAGUGUCACACUACCAGCUAGCGACGCCACGUCGAGUUCGAACUCAGGCACCGUGUCGAUUGAUGUUGCUGCCCUGUCCGCCGCAGUGUCUGCCGUGGUAACAGAAGCCCUUAAGGCCACCCUCUCGUCCGAAACCUUGACUGGUAUUUUAAAAACCACUGGACCACCUAUCCCGUUGGAACCACUGGCCUUGGAAUCUUCCAGCUCUGUGGGCGCCGCCGUAACUGCUGAGGUAGGUGAUAUUCUUCAGGACGGUCACGCCUCAGGUACAAACAGGGGAGGCGCUCCCACUAUUUUAAACGACUCUCGGCCACAGAGCACCUUUACGAGCAUCUCUGUGCCUCUUAGCUCUAGGGUUAGAGCUAAAUUGAAAGCCAAAAUCUUCGCGAACGAAUAUGUAGAUUUUGGGGCUUUACUUUCUUCUUCCCCUAACAACGAAGGGAAAUAUUUACUUUCCAUGGCCCCUUCAGAGGGGUCAUCUAGUGGACCC